CAUUUCUUCAGGAUCGAUCUACCCAACAGUGGAAAGAUCGUUCUGAACAAACAUCUGGACUACGAGACCAGAACCCAGUUGCAGGUGCUCAUCUGGGCCCAGGAAGUGAACACUGAAGAGAAGUUCAACACUUCUGUGGUUCUGACUGUGAACAUCGAGGACGGGGACGACCAGUAUCCUCGCUUCCUUCCCUGCACACCUAUCUCUCCAGGUGUUCCUGUCUGUGUGAGCCCUAGCUACAGUACAAACAUCUCACAGAAACAGCAGGACCUAGUUCUCAAGUUUUCACCGGGUCCAAUCAGUGCAGAGGAUGGAGACCGAGGAAUCAACACCCCUCUGAUCUACAGCAUCCUGUCAGGUGGGGAUCAAAGCUGGUUUGUGAUCAACAACAGGACCGGUGAGAUCCAGCUAACCAGAGCUGUCCCCCUUAGACACCAGGAGAAAACCUUCACACUCAGCGUCAUGGUGUGUCAGGAGGACGACCGGCUUAAGUACAGUGUAGUUUCGGUUCUGAUCAGGGUUCUCAGCGAGAAUACGUUCCCUCCGGUCUUUAACAGAACCACCUUUAAAGGAUUCAUAGUCCAGAGCCUGAGCCCAGCCUCCAUCGUCACCACAUAUGGGAACCAGGUUUUACAGAUCCAGGCAUCAGACCGCGACUUCUCUGACGGCCUGAAUCCAAACAUCCACUACUCCAUCCUUCCCCCAUCUGAACUAUACCAAGUGACCAACGGGGGGGUUCUGAUUGCCAGGACGGACCGUCUGCAUGCCUUUGACAGACGCAUAAUACGGGUUGUAGCCAGAGAUGAAGAGUCAGGGGAAGAAGUUUCAGCUUCAGUGGAUAUUGAAGUCCUGCAGACUGGACAAUCAGUUCCUCGUGCUGCGGUCACUGAGCAGCAGAUGUUUGGGAAUGUGGACAGCAGACUUGCAGGAGGAAUCAUAGCGAUGAUUCUUCUUUUGUUUCUAUCAGCUGUCGUGUUUUUGAUGCUUCGAGCUGUAAAGGGAAGAUAAAGUACUGGGAAAUCCUGAAGAUGACCACAGGUGAUUACAUCACUGCAUUGGACACAGAUCACGACACGAGGACAGACCAAUCAGAGGACACGUUACAGACCAAUCAGAGAUGUUGCUACAGGUCGACAUGAGGACAGACCAAUCAGAGGACGAGCUACGAGACAACAUGAGGACAGACCAAUUUGAGGAGAUGCCACAGGAUGACGGACUGAAGAUCCAUUUUUCCAAGACUAGACUAAGAUCCAAGACUAGUACAGAUAAGAGGAGAGUGACACAUCUCGCCAGCUAAUUUCAGAGCAGGAACAAAUAACUUAAUAUCACUGUCCUCUAUGUUGAAUUAAAACCAC